AUGCGCCCUCAAAUCUCCACGCCUGCCAAGGCGACGGGCCUUGUGCGCCGUCACAACCUCACCACCAAUGCCCCGGGCAAGAUCCCCAACCGGCCUGGCAUGAACCUCAACCUCAGUGGCGACCUGUUCGGCGGCGGCGGUGGCAGCUUCCCCGGCAGCAGCCACAGCAACCACAGCGACCACGGCCACCACAAUCAACCUUCCCCGGGCCCUUCCCAGCUCCAGGUCAUCUACCAGCUCAACCAAGUCCACAACUAUUCGCCAAGCAUGCCCACCUCGCCUGAAGGCGCCAUCCCCAACAUCCCCACGCAGCUGUUCGCCCAGCAGCAGAAUGAGAGGGCUGAACAGAGGGCGGCUCGCAUCUCGCCAGUUCCCGAGGAGGAAGACACUCGUCACAGUGACGACGACAACGCCGAAGACGUCACGCAAGACAAACGCUGCAUCCAGCAGGCCCGUCCCAAGGUCAUCGAGUACGCGGCCAACCCCAUCCUCAGCGUCCUCCCCAAGCCCCGUCCUCAGCUCAGAUCCUCGGCUCCUGGAACCAGUGCUGUCGGUUUGGGUGAGAUGACCGGUUCCCAUGCUAUGACGGGCGGUCCCUCUGCUCUUGCCAACCAGCGCUCCCUUCAGCCAGCCCAGCGUCCCCAGAUGGCCCAGCAGGCCCCUCACACCACUCACCAGACGUACGAGCCUCGUGGCGAGGGCCACUUUCGCCAGGAGUCUCUUGCCCACCAGUCCAACUAUAGCAAGCCCAGCAACCACUUUGCACCCAACUUGAACGCCAGCGAGAUCGAUUUCGGCUUUGACAACUUUGAAGCAGACUUCAACGCCUUCUCUCACCAACUCCACCAGGCGCAGACCCACCACAAGCACGCCGUCCAGGACGAUGCCAAUGGCCCCAGUGGCCUCGGCCAGCCCUCGACUGCCAGCAACAACAGCAUGCAGCAGCCCCACGCCACCAGGGCCGCCGAGCCCGCUGCCGCGCCUGUCCCCACUCAGCUCGACUUCGGCGAGUCCAACCCCUUCACCCAGGCGGAGCCACUUGCUUUCCCCGCGGCUGAGGCAAACCACGACGUUCUCGCUCGCUCCGCCAAGCGCAAGUAUGCCAACCCCGAGGACGACCCGACUCACGUCGAGACGUUUGACGACCUCGACGUCUCCCAGUUCAAGACCCCCUCGCAGCCCAAGGCCACCGCGCCAAAGGUGACUUGGUGCUGCACUCCCACACUCGCCGCUGACUCUCAGGGCUACUUCCACGCUCCCAAGUUUAGCACGCCCUUUGAUCCUCUCGAGGGCAUCUCGCUCGACGACCUGUGGAACCGCGCGGCCAAGUCGUCCGAGGAGAGCCAGCACUCCAACUCUGUGGCGUACGAUGACUACUCCAAGGAGGUCGUCGUCAAUAUGAAGGCUUACAUGGCCGAGACAUUCACCAAGUUUGACACGCUCACGGCGACGGCCAACACUGCACUUGCGUCCAAGAAGAUCGUCACGUUACUCCACACGGAGGCUCGCCAGAAGGCUCACGAUGACGAGCCCCCCACCAAGCGUGCUCGUACCGAGUUGGACUAG